CCAUAAUAAACAAACAAUCAAUGUUUUUGACAUUUUGAGAAAAAGUUUUUCAUUCUCCCACACCUUUUUUUUUUCCAAUUUCUCUUUUCUUCAUCAAACAAACUUGACCUUAGGGUUUAGUGAAAUCGGGAAUGAACAGAAAGAGGGAGAGGGAAAGGGAGAGAAAGAAUCGAAGAUGGUGAGAGAAUAAUGGAUCUCACGGGGUCGGGUUUUGCCUGAAUCGAGUCGAGUAGGUGAGUGUAUGGUUUUGGUAAACAAAGAUCGGUUGAUUGCUCACGGGCGUAGGAUUUGAAAAAAGCGACCGAUGUAUCCAUAUGUGAGAGCUGGGUGAAUGGUAGUUGGAGCGUCCUUCGUUGGAGAGGAGCCGAAUCCUCCUAGUCCUAGCUAUGUAGGAAACAGGAACAGUAUCAUCCCAUUGCAAUAUAGAUCCGCCAAUUCACCGAUCCGAUUCCCAAUUCCCGAUUCUUGAAACUAUGCUCCAUCGCGAGCCAAACCCAAGGGAAGAAUGCCGAACACAGAAGGGCAUUGCUAGGGUUUGUAAAUAGAACUGACAGAUGGCUCUGGCGAGGUAUUCUCUGGUGGGCAAUCCUUCUCCAGAGGAAACUGAAGGCCGAAGCUCUGAAGCAGUGGUCAAUUAGUGGCGAGGCGAUGAAGCAUCCACUCUGCCACCCAACUCAGAUUCUUCUUCUAGUGGCAUCUACUACACUUCUGCUCGACAAUACCACGGCCCUAUCAUGGCCGCACCUAUAUGUCUCUCCACCUCAAGGCUGCACCACGGCCACCGCCCUAAGCACCAUCUAUGGGGUGUGGGAUGUAAAGUAGAAGAAAGUGGUGGGGGUUGGGACGGUACAUGUGGAGGUGAGUAAACUUCUAUUGGUGGUGGUGGUCGAAGAACAGUUACAGGAGGAGGAAAUGGUAUGAUAGAUGACACAGAUAGUGGGGAGAAUGGACCGGCGGAGGAUUGCUCGUCGGUAAAGGUAGGAAGUGCCCUUGUGAAACCCAUAAAACCCACGCCUGUUUAUGCCCACGUGCGCCCCCAAAAAUAGAAAAUAGUGGGUAGUUGAAGAAAGCCAGAGAGGCAUUUUUUUUUUCUCCUUCUGGGGGGAGGGGUGGCAGAAGGAGAAAGUAAGUUUUCCAUGCUUUCUCAAGGAAGUUCUGUUCCCAUGGAGGUCGAUCCUUCCGCCAAAUCAGAGGAAGAAGCAUCAGCAGGACCUUUGGGUUCAUUUCAGGGCAAGCUCUCCAAACUUAGUGCCAUGGCUUGGGAAACAUAUAGAAGGAAGCCAAUGUCAUAUUGGAUUCUUCUAUUUAUAAGCAGCGGAUUAAUGCUUGUGGCUUUUCCUGCUUCCAGCCUCUUAUCUCGUCUCUAUUAUGCUGAUGGGGGCAAGAGCAAGUGGAUCAUCUCAUGGGUGGCAGUUGCAGGGUGGCCUCUAACUGCUCUGUUCUUAGCUCCCAUGUACUUUUUGGGUAACUACAAGCCUACUGCUCUCACCUACAAACUAACUCUUUCUUACAUUUUUUUGGGUUUCUUAAGCGCUGCUGAUAACCUUAUGUAUGCAUGGGCUUAUGCCUACCUCCCAGCAUCAACUGCUUCUCUUCUAGCCGCAUCCUCCCUUGUGUUCUCAGCUGUAUUUGGGUAUUUUCUAGUGGGAAACAAAUUAAACAGCGACUCAAUAAACGCUAUAGUUAUCAUAACUGCUGCCAUGGUUAUCAUCGGCUUGGAUUCAGCAUCAGAUAGAUAUAGCAAUGUCAGCAACAGACAAUAUAUCUUGGGAUUCAUCUGGGACAUAUUGGGAUCUGCCCUCCAUGGACUCAUCUUUGCUCUUUCAGAACUAGUUUUUGUAAAGUUACUUGGAAGAAGAUCAUUCCAUGUUGUGUUGGAGCAACAGGUCAUGGUUUCUCUGAUUGGUUUUGUGUUUACCACGAUUGGAGUCGUUGCCAAUAGAGAUUUCCCGGAGAUGAAAAAGGAAGCUAGAAGUUUCAAACAUGGAGAAGGCUCAUACUACAUGGUUCUCAUCUGGGCUGCUAUUAGUUUCCAACUAGGUGUUUUGGGUGGCACUGCUGUGCUCUAUUUGGCUUCCACUGUGCUGGCUGGUGUUCUUAAUGCAGUUAGGGUUCCUCUAACAAGCAUUGCAGCAGUUGUCCUGUUUCAUGACCCUAUGAGUGGUUUCAAGAUCCUCUCAUUGAUCAUUACAUUUUGGGGAUUUGGAUCAUACAUGUAUGGUGAAUCCACUCUAAGGAAAGGGUGCACAUCAUAAUUGGUUGUCUAGGUGUAAAAAUAAAUCUUUGCCAAUUUCACACUUACGUAUUAUUUAGUGGAGGGGCGCUAAGGCUUUCUUUGGUAUAAUUUGUAUUUGCAUUUAUGACGUUAAUAAAAAAAUCAUUUGUGAGAAUAA